CUCGCGGGGUUGGGCUCUGGCGAAGGGACUGCGGGAUAUGCCACGAGGCCAUGGGAAAGCGGCUCGGGAAACUUCCCUGCCAGGAGCAGCGAGCAGGUGUCCGGCAGCUGCCUGUUGUAGCUGGUGAAAGUUGUUUCGGUUCACACCGGCUCUGGGUGUUUGGGAGCUCCGGGAAGGUGAAGGACACGACGGCGAGCCGAGGGCUGCAGUGAUGGCACGGCAGGAACACGGCUGCAGUCGCUUCUGUUUGAAGGAGGGUGGUGGUUUGCCAGUUCAUUUUGGGCGUUCACACCUGUGAAAUUUGAUAAUGAAUCCCUUAUGUGUCUCUAUGUAACAGACCAUGUAACAAAGGACCAUUUCUUCAUAAAUAUGGAGGGCGAUUAUAAGUAUAAAUCUGUUUUCUUGGAGGUUUUGACUGCUCCUGUCCUUGCAGGCUUUUUGAAUGUCUUGCCAGAAGAGCUGCAUCUGGAGUAUUACAACUGCAGAGCAAAGAAUAUCAUUGGGAAUUAUAUAAAUACUGUUAGUUGUACAAUGGAAAAAUCGUCUGCUUCAGUUGAAAGCUUUAAAUGCAUCUACAAAAGCAAUUUGCUCUCUGCUUUCAAGAACACGGACACCCAACCAUCGUCUGCCUUUGGACUGGGAGGACAGCAAACAUCAAGCUUUGGGCUCUCAAGCUUUCCUGUGAGCAGCAGCAGUACCAGUGCCAGCAGUUUCUCCUUUAAAGCCAGUUCCAGCCUUAUCAGUUCCUCAUCGUCUGGAACCAGCCCUGCUGCUGGGGUCUCUUCUGCUGCCGGUAGUGCUCCUGCGUUUGGGGUGACAUCCUCUCCCAGUGCACCCCAGCCUGCUGGGUUUGGCAGCCCAGCAGCUCCAUCUGCAGCCUCCUUCUCCUUUAAAACAGCUGCAACAGCUGGUGGCUUUGGGACUUCUGGGUUUUCGGGCUUUGGCAGUGCUGCUGCUGUGAACUCUUCCAGCACCACCACUCCGCUCCCAGCCUUCGGAGCCUUUAAUGCAGCCACAGCCACUUCUGCCUCACCUUCAAGUGGUGCUUUGUUUGGACAGACUGCCAGUGCCUCUGGACAUCACGUCACCUCAGCGUCUGCUGCAGUCACCAGCACCACCGCCUCAGAGAAGUUAUUUACACCCAAGAGCGAAUUAUCAGCUGAAGAGUGGCAACAGUUUGAAGCAAAGGAGUUCACCAUUGGAAAGAUUCCUCUUAAGCCACCCCCAUUAGAACUUUUAAAUGCUUAUGACCUUUUAAGUUUAUUCAGAAGUAACAUGUUUUGAAUCAAAUCAAAGGCUUCCAUUUUGUUACUUUUUGUUUC